AUGACUGAAGAAUGCAAAGACUCUAUAGUAUCAGCACAACAGCAAGGUAUCAGAGGAAACGACUUAGCAAAAGAUACAGAAGUAGUAGAAUCCUCCACAGUUGUUGGAGUGGCGGCUACAACUCAACAUGGAAUCGAGGUUGUAGUUGAGUUUAAGACCGUUGACCACCCCACUGAGCUUCUUGACCAUGAUCGACCCACUACCCAUUGCCUGAACCUUCAAUUCUUAAUGUGCCUCCUGUUGGUGAAUUUCUUGUCAUGA